AUGUUAUUCUCCAAGAGAAUCAGCCCUUCUGUUGGUGAUUACUACACCUACUCUCAAUUCAAGCACCGCUCCACCACGAACUCGCUCGAUAUUUCGAAUAAGAACCCGCCGAUAGAUCCAUCGAAAAGCCCUCGAUCAUACGAGCAUUUUGACCCCAUCGCCGACCGCAUACCCCGUGUGGUGGUGAAGUUAUCCAGCCAAAUGUGA